CCUUCUUGUCCUUGCCGUCCUGGUGGCCGCAUUUUCCAGCCAUGGGCUACGGGGUGCCAGAUAGCGGUGUGGACUUCUACUACGUGAGCGUGCAAGAAGCCUAUCUCCUCAUGAAAAAUGACAAGGCGGUUUUCGUGGAUAGCAGGGAUGAAGAUGACUACAAGAUGAGCCGUUUGCAAACCUCCUUUCACCUCUCCGCCAAUGCGCUGAUUAUGAAAGGACCCUCAGUGGAUAAGGCCUUGGUCCAGCACCUCAUCGAUUUGGUGAACGGAGGCAAGAUCUUGAUCUGCCUCAGCGAUGCCUGCAUCAAGGGCAAUGUGAACCGUGGCCACGUGUCGCGAUGUCGGCACAUUGCGCAGUAUUUGGUUGAGCUGGGUGCAGACUGCAGCAACAUCGUGCGCAUGGCUGGUGGCAUCAACGCAUGGAAGCGGCAGUUUGGGCUCCAGAAGCUGGAUGGAGUGCUAGGGGAGCUGAGGCCCAUGUAUGCUGGCGAGGUGCAAGGAUGGGACUUUUCUCCUCCCAAGUUGAAGGAUGAGGAGGAGUCCGAGGACGAAACGCUUCCGAUCAAAGGGCCUCCUGCUCUGCCGCAAGGCUAUGGCGGCACUGAAACGGCCCCGGCUGUGGCUGCUGUAAGCGUGGGGCAAAAGGUGCAGGUCCAAGGAUUGAAGAGCAGACCAGAGGUCAACGGCAAGGAGGCAGUUGUGAAGGACUUUGUCGAGGAGUCGCAAAGAUGGGAGAUUGAGCUGUCGGACAGCAAGGAGCGAAUGCGUUGUCGGCCUGAAAACCUUGUAUCGCAGAGCGAUUCCCAGGUGGCGGUCAGCCCUCUGCCAGAGCCACUGGAGGUGGAGGUAGCUUGUGGAGGAGUGGUGAACGACGCAAAUAGCGAGCGAAAGACCUGCAAAGUCAGGUGGGUUGCUCCACGAGCUUUUCGGCAAGAUGAGGCGACGGCCUACCGCGUAUUGAAAGCUGACCUCUUCAAGAAACCCAACAAAGAUGGAGACAAGAUCAUUAAGAUUUCUCGGCCUGUGAGCUCCAUCGUGCGCACCACUGGGCAGCUCCACAUUGGCGCCAGUGGUGGCGUCUGGGCGGAGCUUGAUGUAACUGCGGGCGAAAAGAAAGGCUGGAUCUAUGUGAAGGGUCCCGGCUUUGGUGCCAGCAGUUGCAAAGUAAGCAGUGAGUAUCUGCAAGCGUAAAAGAUGCGGCCGAGGUUGGCGAUUUGGUAAUCA